CCCAGAAAGACGAGUUGCUAGUUACACUGAAAAGAUCAAGAAGGUUCUUUCAUGGCUUCCUUGCUCUCCCCAGGUACCACAACUAUCUUCAACCAAAAUUACCCAAAACCCAUUUCUUUCUCCCCAUUAAAACCCACCUCAUCUUCCCUUUUCCUCCUCCCACUCUCCAAGAGAAAACCCCUCUCUUUCAAUGCAUUCUUUGACGACAUUUCAGAUCGUCUCUCAGUCAUCUCUUCAGAUUUACCCACUUCUCUGUCUCAACUACCCGGGUACACCCAAUUCCUUAGGGUGAACGAGGAACUGCCCGAAGGGCAGAAAUGGGGUUUACUAUUUUUUUCUGGAUUGACCUGGAUAUACUUGACAGCGAGGCCAGGUGUGCUCAUCGGCGCCAUUGAUGCGUACAUUCUUGCCCCUCUGCAAGCUGGGCUUGACAGUUUGAGCGGAGCGAGAAGACUGAAGAUGAGUGAUUUCGUGGUUGGGGACAGAAUAGGGGAGGGUUCAUUUGGUGUUGUGUAUUCUGGUCUGGUUGCUCCAAAGAAUGUAACCAUUGAUGAAAGAGUCAGGAAAAGAGGAGGUCAAAGAGCUUUGACCAUUGAUCCAAGUUUCAAACAAAAGGUUAUCCUUAAGAAGGUAGGUAAAACUUGGGGUUCAAGGUGCGGUUGAAUGUGGUGAGUUUGAAGAAUGGUUCAAUUACAGGUUGUCAAGAGCUGCACCAGAGACAUGUGCCAAGUUUCUUGGAAGCUUUAUUGCUGAGAAAACCAAUUCAAAGUUUACUAAGGGUGAGAAAUGGCUUGUCUGGAGAUUUGAGGGAGAUGAGGACCUGGCUGAUUACAUGAAGGACCGCACCUUCCCUUUGAACUUAGAAUAUGCAAUGUUUGGCCAUGUGUUACAAGGGAUGGAAUCCAUCAAGCGCAAUGCACUAAUAAUCAAGCAGAUUAUGAGACAAAUUAUUACUUGUCUGAAAAAGAUCCAUGACACGGGGAUAGUCCAUCGGGAUGUGAAACCAUCCAACUUGGUAGUAACGAAAAGGGGACAAAUCAAGCUCAUAGAUUUUGGAGCAGCCACAGAUCUCCGGAUUGGGAAAAACUAUGUUCCCAACCGAGGCCUUCUCGAUCCUGAUUAUUGCCCUCCUGAACUCUAUGUAAUGCCUGAAGAAACCCCCAAACCUCCACCAGAGCCCAUUGCUGCUCUUCUCUCCCCAUUUUUAUGGCAGCUGAACAGUCCAGACCUUUUUGACAUGUAUUCUGCUGGGAUAGUUCUCCUGCAGAUGGCUAUACCGAGCUUCAGGUCUCCGACAGGUCUAAAAAGGUUCAAUAUGGAGCUGAGACAAGCGGGAUACGAGUUAAACACAUGGAGGGAAAGGAGCAGGUCAAGGCAUGAUUUAAGCAUUCUUGAUCUGGACUCCGGAAGAGGGUGGGAUCUUGCCACCAAGCUCAUUUCGGAGAGGGGUCCGCUGAGAAGAGGACGGCUGUCUGCUUCGGCUGCUUUAAGGCAUCCUUACUUCUUGCUAGGUGGUGAUCAAGCGGUCGCCUUCCUUUCCAAAUUCGGCUUUACUAAGUAGACAAUUCCAAUAUGAGGAGUGAAAAAAUCCAAGGGUAUGUUUGGGAGUUUGGAGGGAAGGGGAAGACUUUGGAAGUAUGUUGUUGAAGGGGAAAUGGAAGAGGGUGAGGAAGCUUUCUUUGUAUUUGGGAGUAAUAAAAUUGGAAGAAGAAGGUUUUUAAAGAAAUUAUAAUUAAAAUUAGGUUUAUGAUCUUGCUAUAUGCGUUCAUAUUAAGCUGUGCCUGAAUAGUGUUGUGCUUGGACUGGGUUGGCACAAGCAUGCCCCCCAAAGCUAUAGAGAUUUGGGAAAAUGGAAACUAAUAAUCCAACCUUUUAGCGGUAUUCUUACAAUAGUUCCACUUUUUCGUUAUUCAGGAAUAAUCCAACCUUUGCGGGCAUCUUCAUUCGCUGGUUCCUGACCGAUUGAUGACAUGCUAUUCCAAGUUAUUUUCUUAUCUUUGUAAUAUAUUAUACCAUAAAUCUCACCUUAUGAUUACAUAAUGUUUUUCAAAGAUAAGAAAAUAACUUGGAAUAACAAGUCAUCAAUCGGUCAGGGACCAUCGAAUGAAGAUGAGGUGCAAAGGUUGAAUUAUUCCUGAAUAAUGAAAAUGUGAGACUAUGGUAAGAAAACCCCUAAAAAGUUGGAUUAUUAGUUUCCAUUUUCCCUAGAGAUUUUGGAUUAGUGAUUUAUUAAAUUAAGACCUGAGGUUACUUAGAAAAGUUUAGGAGUAACCAAAGCCGUAUAUGUGAGUUUGUAUUUAGCGGUGUGGUAUGAUGUUACAUGGUUUACCUACAUAAUAACUUUGAUAAUAUUGCCAUCAGAAUAAUCUCUCUUUCUUUAUGACUUUUUAAAUUUAUCAAUCAUAUAUACUUAAUUUUUGAUAUUGUGUACGGAGUACGAACUGAGGGAAGAUGUCCAGUCUUUAAGCUUGACAAGAAGGAUGACCAUGCACUUACAAAUACAAUCAGUUUCAGUUGUUCGAGUGGUAAAACUGAUAGAAAAAGAACCAUGCUUCUUCCUUGGAAAUUCGAACAGCCACUUGCACAUCAACCCAUUGAACACUCCAUUGCCAUGGCCAAUGACUUCUUCAUAGGGGAGGAGGGCUUAGAAGAUCUUGACCCUCGAACCAGCGGAUACCCAGACGGUGACUUGGUCGGACAAUCGUCAACAUCUGCUGCUGCAUAUGCUAAACUUCCUCAACAGAACAUGAAAGGAUCUCAAUUGAGUGGAGAGGCAUGGGUGAAUGAUUUGAGGGCUGUGUGUUGAGCUUGUGGGAAACUGGGAAUGGAAACAGGAAAGUCUAAAAUUCUGUUGUACUUGUUCUCAAUAUUUUCUUAAGUUCAAAACUAACACUGAAUUAUGUAUAAGCGGUUAGCAAGGUAGAAAUUGGAUUUUAUGUAGGCAUUAAAAAUGAACAUUUUCUUGAGGCAUU